AUGACAGACUCCGAAUUGCCCCACCGUCCCAAGCCCGACGCAUCUGCGCCCGCCGCCGAGGGUCCCAGCAAGAAUGCUCUGAAGAAGGCCGCCAAGGACAAGGCGAAGGCUGAGAAGGCUGCAGCGCGUGCUGCCCAAGAAAAGGCCCAGGCCGCCGCCCAGGAUGCCAACGACACAGCUAAGGAUCUAUACGGAGCCCUACCCGAGACUGAGGACGUGGUCCCUUCAACACGGUUCUCCGAGUUCUCAGAGGAGUACUACGAGAAGGAAGUGACAGUUGUGGCCCGUGUCGACAAUGCGCGCGUGCAGAGUGCCAAGCUGGCAUUCUUGAUGCUCCGCCAGCAGGGACAGAAGGUGCAAGCCGUCAUCGCCGCCGCGGAGCCCAUCUCGCGCCAGAUGAUCAAGUACACCGGUGGUUUGAACGUCAACUCUAUUGUGCAGGUCACCGGUAUCGUGAAGAAGCCCGAAAUCCCCAUUUCGUCCGCCACCAUUAGCCACCUCGAAAUCCACAUCCGCAAGGUCUACAUGAUCUCCGAAGCUGCCCAGAUGCUUCCAAUGCAAGUUAAGGAUGCCGAGCGCCCACCUCCCGAGACUACCGAUGAAGGUGCCCAGGUUGAUGCCGACGGUGCUCCCAUUGUCACCCUCAAGACCCGUCUUGACAACCGUGUCCUCGAUCUGCAGACCGAGACCAGCCAGGCCAUCACCUGGAUUUCUAGCGGUGUUUCCGAGCUCUUCGCCGAGUACAUGAUUAAGAGUGGUUCGCGCUGGAUCUUCACCCCUAAGUUGGUCGGUGCUGCUACCGAGGGUGGUAGCGGUGUCUUCGAGGUCAAGUACUUCAAGCGCAACGCCUACCUUGCCCAGAGCCCCCAGCUCUACAAGCAGAUGUGUAUCGCUGGUGACAUGGAGAACGUCUUCGAGAUUGCCCCCGUGUUCCGUGCCGAGGAGAGCAACACCCAUCGCCACAUGACUGAGUUCUCCGGUCUCGAUUUCGAGAAGACUUUCCGUGGCCACUACCACGAGGUCCUGGAGUUCGCCGAGAACCUCCUUGUUUUCAUCCUUACCCAGCUCAAGGAGCGCUAUGGACCCCAGAUUGCUACCAUCCAAAAGUCCUAUCCCAAAGCCGGUGACUUCAAGCUGCCCAAGGAUGGCAAGGCCCUGCGUAUGAACUACAUGGACGGCGUUGCCCUGCUGAAGGAGGCUGGCGUCGAUGUUUCCGAGCAGGAGAGCUUCGAGAACGACUUCACCACCGCCAUGGAAAAGCAACUCGGCCAGAUCAUCCGCGACAAGUACGACACCGACUUCUAUGUCCUCGACAAGUUCCCCAUGUCCGUCCGUCCCUUCUAUACCAAGGCCGACCCCAACGACAAGCGCUUCUCCAACUCUUACGACUUCUUCAUGCGUGGCGAGGAGAUCAUGUCCGGUGCUCAGCGUAUUAACGAUAUCAAGGAGCUUGAGGAGUCUAUGCGUGCCAAGGGUCUCGAGCCUAACCAGGAGGGCUUCGAGGAUUAUCUCAAUGCUUUCCGCCAGGGCUGCCCGCCUCACGCUGGUGGUGGUCUCGGCCUGAACCGUAUUGUUAUGUUCUUCCUCGGUCUACCUAAUGUGCGCCUGGCCUCGCUAUUCCCUCGUGACCCCCAGCGUCUGCGUCCUUGA